AUGAUCACGAACUGCGUCAACUUUUACCUCGUUCAGUCGGGUGACGGGUGCUGGGCGAUCUGUGGUGCCCGGGGAAUUGCUCUGGAUGACUUUUACAAAUGGAAUCCUUCUGUCAAGACGAACUGUUCUGGGCUCCAGGCGAAUUUGUAUGUUUGUUGUGGGGUGGCUUAA